AUGCAGCCCCCACACACCCCUACCCAGCUGCUGCCGCAAGAUUCACCGCCAGACCUCAGCAACCUCACCACCAACGCCUUCUCUCCCCUUCCUUCCUCCGUCGGUGCCACCAGCACUGAGGAUAGGCAGCAGCAGCAGCAGCAGACAGCGACAGCGCACUUUUACGGGGACUCUCAGCUCGAAUCGUUCAUGAGGGUCGCUGCUGGAGACGACAAGAGUUCCGCGAUGUCACCCGAACCAGCGGCCAACAACCUGCUCGGCCAGCUUACCGUUUCAGCACUGGCGGUGCAGAAUGCCGCUCCCGCCUCACCACCGCAGCCACAGGCGUUUCUUCUCCAUCAGCUUACACCGCUUGGCGCGAGUGCAUGCUCGAACGCGAGUCGCUCUUCGGCUUCGUCGCAUGGCAGCGGCUCUGUGCAGAUGGGAUGCGGCCCGCAGAUGUACAGCGGUGACACCUCCUUUCUCUACCCAAACUACAUAAAAGAGGCGCUCUCUCUGACACCGUCGCAGUCCGUGCGCAGCCAACCCGAUGGUUUCGCUGCCGGCGUCGUCACCCCUCCGACGACGCCGAUGAACAGCAACACCAUUAACGACAACAUGAGUGCUUCUCUCUCACAAGUCAUGAUCGGUGGCGCAGCCAUGUCAUCGGGUGUGACCAUGCCAUUCAGCCAGCCGAACGACGCUGAGGUGCGCAGCAACCUGUUUGUGUGUGGUCUUCCGGUCAGCGUUAGGGACAAGGAGCUUCUGGAGCUGUUUGAGAAGCAUGGGGAAAUCGAGUCCGCCAAGGUGAUGCUCGACAUCCACACUGGUCGUAGCCGUGGCAUUGCCUUCGUGAAGUUCAAGAGUAUCGAGCACGCCGAGAACGCAGUGGACGCGCUGAACGGCACACAUAUAAAUGGACAUCAGAUCACUGUGCGCGUGGCGAACUCGCGCGCUGCCUACCUCCCAGGCAACCCCACGAACAAGACCUUUGUGCGCAACGUGCCGCUGACAGUGUCGCGCUCCACACUCUUUGACUACUUCGCUCAGUUCGGCGAGGUGACCGACCUCUCUAUCAAAUCGGACACCGCACAGGGCCGCCACAACCAGUCAGGACGCUCAAUCAGCACCGCCGAUGACAGCACUGAUGACAAGCUGAACAUUGUUUUCAUCACCUACUCAACCAAGGAGGCCGCCGCCAAGGCCGCCGAGGCGACGCACACGAAGACACCGUUUAAGGAGUGCAAAGGCGUGCCUCUGCUGGCGAAGGUCGCCGAAGACACAGUGCGCCGUAUGGAGCGUCUGUCGCGUCGUCAGCGCACCACUAUGGGUGCCGAACGGACAAGGGACGCGAACACAGCGGGCAGUGGCGGUAGUAUCACGUCGAUGGGUAGGCUCGCUGCCUCACCGCUAGGUGGCGUUCUUCCUCCCGGUAUGAUGGUGCCACCGAUGAUGGCCAUGCCCGAUAGCUUCCCUCCUGGGGCGUUUGUCUCCGUUCCCACGAUGGGUAGCCCGCCAGACCUCACCGCACCCACGAUGAUGUCCUCGAACACGGCAGGUGACCAUAUGACGGCCUUCUGCGAUGUCAACGGUAGCACCAUCUAUAGCUCGGCCCCACCGAACCCCACCGCUGCGGCCAGUGGUAUGGCCUACGCCAUGCCUGGCAAUAUGGCGCAGCCGAGCAUGUUUUUUAGCGCUCAGCCACCACCACCACUAUCAAUUACCCAGUCAGCGCCGCCGCAGCCUCAGCAGAUCCCGCCGCAGGCACAACCGCACGCCUUGUAUAUGGCCACCCCCAAUGGCUUUGCGACAGCGCCACAGCCUCAGCAACAGCAGCAGCAGCUGCAGUUUUUCCCAGCGCCGCCGCCACUGCUGCCGGUGCAGCAGCAGUCACAGUCGGCAGUACCGAUGACAGGCGCAGCGCCUGGCCAGUUGGUGUACAUGCAAACCGCGAACGGAUCGGUGAUGCCGGUUGUGUACGGCGGGGCGCAACCGGCGGCGGGGCCAAUGCUGCCGCCGAUGAGCCCUUACUUUGUGAUGAUGGGUGGGCAGCAGCUGCCGAGUUAG